AUGUCAUAUCACAUUGCAUACGAGGCCGCUCAGGCACCGCCACAUGGACCCACCAUUCUCGCCUUUAUGGAGCACUUUUACCAUCUAAGUGACACGGAGUCCUUGCAUGAGGAAUAUGCACAAAGCUUUGCUGAGGAUGCAACUCUUGUCAUGGGAUCGAAGGAGGCAAAUGGGUUUGAAGAAAUCUUGAAUCUGCGCAAAGGGCUGUGGACACACGUAGCUUCUCGUCAGCACACGCCUGAACGCAUCUUUUUCAGCGGCGAGAAUAGCAUCAUGCUUUACGGGGGAGUCACCUACCGGCUCAAGGCCAAACCGGACGAGGAUGUUUAUAUUCCGUGGGCCGGACGAGUUGUGUUUACACCUUUCAAGGAAGGGGAGCCUGUCAAGAUUCGGUUUUAUCAAGUUUAUCUGGAUUCUUCUGCACAAACAGGAAAGAAGUGA